GAUUGUGGGUAUCUUGUGUUUCCUGAUAGACUCUGACAGUCGGUCAGCUGUUGCAGGAAAGUUUUGACAUAGUUUGAUAGCUUUCUGUACUUUCUAGUGUUUAUUACAUGUUUUACCUCAUCCGAAGCAAAUUCCCACCGUGUGCUUUUCGUCUGUGUACUUCAUCGAGUGCAAUCCAGUAAAUCAAUCCGGUUCAUAUCUUUAAUUUGUAAAAGUUCACUGGGACAGUAACUUUUCGGAAUGAGCUUGAACGAGCACUCCUUGCAGGCUCUGUCAUGGAGAAAACUUUACUUAAGUCGAGCAAAGUUAAAAGCCACCAGUCGCACUUCUGCUCUUUUGUCCGGAUUCGCAAUGGUUGCCAUGGUGGAGGUACAGCUUGAGCGGGAUUAUGUGUAUCCUCCUGGGCUGCUGAUAGCAUUCAGUGCCUGCACCACAGUCCUGGUUGCAGUCCACCUCUUCGCCCUCAUGAUCAGCACUUGCAUCCUCCCGAAUCUCGAGGCUGUCAGCAAUGUUCACAACCUCAACUCCGUCCACGAGUCUCCACACGAGCGCAUGCACCGCCACAUAGAGUUGGCCUGGGCUUUCUCCACAGUCAUUGGCACCCUCCUCUUCCUCACAGAGGUGAUGCUCUUGUGCUGGGUGAAGUUCUUACCCCUCAGAAGCGCUGAGGAAAACGGCACAAUAAGUUCAGGUGAGGCUGCAGCCAUCGCUUCCACCUGCAUCAUGGUGCCGUUUGGACUCGUUUUUAUCAUGUUCGCCGUCCACUUUUACCGCACACUGGUCAGUCACAAAACAGACCGGCAGAUCAAAGAGCUUGAGCAGGUCAUCCAGCUCCAGAACCAGCUGGACCAUCGGGGUGAGAACGACGAACUGAAGGCCACUAUCCACUAUCCUUGAUUAUAGCCAGUUAGCACGCUACAGCAGCAGACAUUCAACAAUGCCUUUAUUAUGAAAUCUCUUAUAAAAGUUUUAUUUUUUAUGUAUAUUCACUUUGCUGAAAGGCUUUUUUUAAAGCUUUGACUCAGUCCACUUUUAUAUAAUGCAUGGUCACAAACCUCUCAACAAUGUAUUUGAGGGAAAUAGUAUUACCUUUAACUUUUAAUGAAGGUGGUUGUUUUUCUUCACAUCAUAGGACUAAUGCAACAUUUCCCUGUUUGUUUUAUUACGUUAAAUGGCCAGCUACAGAUGACAGCACAAUUAUACUGUACAGUUAUAUAAUAGAGAGCAGCUCUUUUUAUGACUAACAUUGGGAACUUCUGGGUCAAUUUGUCAACCUCAGAUUAAAAAUACUUCCUUGUUUUUAUAUUUCAUUACAUUUAAUUGACGCCUUUGUCUAAAGCAACUUAUAAACACUUCAGUACGGUAGACAUGCCUACAGGAGUAUUUCAGGGUGAAGUAUCUUGCCCAAGGACACUUUGACAUGUUGACAGCAGGGAAUGGGAUCAAACCUCUCACCCUCUGUAGACACUUUUUUACCCCCUGCAUCACUGUUGCAACUUUUUGUCAAUGUUUAUGUACAAAAAAAGCCUGUGUUGAAGCCUGUUUUAUAGAAAAAUGAGGGUGCUGCUCAUUCAAUGGUCUAUUUUCCUGUGCUGCUGCAGGCAGACACACUUUGUAACUCACCACCGCUGCAGCAUGCACCUGUGGACUUUAUAUUGUCCCAAGGUGGGCUGCAUUGAUUCCACCUGUUGUCAAAUUUGUCUGGCUUUAAAUCAGGCUUUGUAGAGAGCAUUACCAGGCCUGUGUUUUCAAUGCAGACGUUUAAAUUCAAGGUUUAGAUUAUUUGACUGAAAUAUCUGUUUGAUUAGAUUCGCUGUUUACAUGCUGUAAAACCAAAAUGAUGGAACAACUUUUUUUAUAUUUACAAGCAUUCAUAGUCAUUGGAGUAAUUAGUUGCUUAAUAAUAACAGUAAUACAAAUAACAAUGACAAUAAUAAUGAUAAUAAUGACAAUAGUAUUUCUAAUAAUGACAAUUGUUAUGGUAAUUAUAAGUAUAAUCAAAAUAAUAAUACAAUUAAAGAAUGAAUAUGCAUAAUAAUCUUGUAGGAACUUUUAUUGUUUCUAGGUUUUUUGUAAAUUUUUGCUCCUUGCCUGUUCCCGUAACUACAUUUUUUUAGUCUCCUGAACAAUGUUCAUGGUACUAUUUGCAAAUCUAACUAGCUCCAAAAAUCUGUUUACAUAGGAAUGCUAAGAUUCCAGCAAAAAAGCAGUCUGGAUCUAAAUAAAUAGAUACAGUAUACAUCAAUCCAACAGUAUUUGUGUGCAAUCUGAGGCAAAAGAACACUUAUGAAAAAAGUGUGUUUAUUACAGUGCAUAUUUCUUUAGCGCGGCAUUCUUAAUUUACCCUUGUAAAAUAAAUGUAAGGUAAAACAAAUUAGGAGUUUUCUUGAUUUCCUGCUGCUUUUGCAAAUAUACUGUCAUCUAUAAAUGGUUACUGGCUUUAAAAGUAUUGUUGAAUGUAUUGUUUCAAAGCAUGCACAUAUUGGAAAUGUUGUUUUUAAGUUUGUAUGUUUUGUACUUUUCAUAGUUUACAAGCUUGUGUGAAAAAGCGUGUGGUGUCUUUGUCCUUUGGCACAUUGUUGAAUAGUUUUACAUGGGUUUGACCAUUUUCUAUGCUUUUCUUUAUCAUAUUUACUGUAACGCUGGUACAAAAAUACAGUUGAAGCUUAAAUGUGGAAAUAUGCAGAUAUUUUGAGCUGUUGGACGACAAUUCAAUGUGUUCAUAAUACUAUUGCUUAACAGUAAAAUACUGUUGUUAUACUAAGGUAAUGCUGUGGUCGUUGUUGCAUUAUCUGAUUUCUCUAAACGUGGUUUGUGCUGAGUCCUGAUUAUGUAUCUGUAGAUCAUUAGCUCCCAAUAUUUGCAUCCAAAUUGUUUCCACCUGAUGAUAAUAUAUCUGUGACUAAAAUCAGAGAGCUAGGAUCCUAAAGGGAUCAAUCACUACCACACGGUUUAGUAAAACUCGUCGUUAACUUUCUCCAAAUCACUGUUGAUGGUGGUUAUUUCCACAUAUGGAAAUAUAUAACGGAGGUUUUAUCCAGACCACCUCACUCUCUCUGGACACUUCUAAAAGGAAUAACCACAGAUCAAUGCAAAUGAAGGCAUUUUUUUCUGUGGGUCAUUUUUCUGGUUUAUUUAUUUAAUCCAUUGUUACUGUAUAUAAAGAGGUUCCACUAUUUGUGUCGAUGCACAGCUUUAAAGUGACUUUUUUUUCAGCAAAUACUGUAUUGUAAGUUUUGCAUAUAUCUGGUGUUUGAAUCAGCAGGACUUUUUUUGUUUGUGGCCGGUUCGGGAAUAAAACACAUCUGCUAGAA